ACGGCACCCUCCCACAGACGCUCCGAGCAGGCCAGUGGAGCGGACGGAGGGGCCACACCGCAGCCACGGGCAGGAUUUAAAAAAGAAACCAGCAAAACGGGGCUUCUGGGAGAGGAAGGUGGGCAGACAGCAGAGGGACCGACAGCCGGGGUGACUCUGCCGCAACAGGCUUGAGGGCCAGCCGGCCAACCCGGGUCUGCCAAGGGCGGCAGCCGCUGAGCCACUGAGAUGACCCGUGGGCGGCGGCGGCCGUGUCAGCCGGGCAGAGGCGCACCCACCAGACCGCCCCCGUCUGUGUCGCUGACCCUGCGCCCCCUCGGCCCGGGGAAGCACAGCGCAGGCGCCCACGGCGAGGAGGAGGCGCUCCCUGAUGGAGGGACCUGGAGAAGGCCCGCAGGGGACGUCUGCGGCGCGGCCGGUGUGCGGGCACAGGCCCGGGUGGCCGCCCCUGCGCCCCUGCGCCCUGCCUCGCCUCGGUGUCCUUGUUUGUCAACUGGCUCUGGGCUGUAGGGUUUGGCCCUUUUGGGGAGCACACUGUGAACGCCAGCUGGAUCGCUGUCCAGGAACUGGAGAAGCUGGGCCUUGGGGACAGCGUGGACCUGCAUGUGUAUGAAAUCCCUGUGGAAUACCAGACCGUGCAAAGGCUCAUCCCUGCGCUGUGGGAGAAACACAGCCCCCAGCUUGUGGUGCAUGUUGGGGUGUCGGGCAUGGCCACCACGGUGACGCUGGAGAAAUGUGGACACAACAAGGGGUACAAGGGACUGGACAACUGCCGCUUCUGCCCCGGCUCCCAGUGCUGCGUGGAGGACGGCCCCGAGAGCAUUGACUCCAUCAUCGACAUGGAUGCUGUGUGCAAAAGGGUGACCACGUUGGGUCUGGACGUGUCUGUCACUAUCUCCCAGGAUGCUGGCAGGUACCUCUGUGAUUUCACUUACUACACCUCGCUCUACCGGGGGCGCGGUCGGUCAGCUUUCGUCCACGUGCCCCCACUGGGCAAGCCUUACAAUGCCGACCAGCUGGGCCGGGCGCUCCGGGCCAUCAUCGAGGAGAUGCUGGGUGUCCUGGAGCAGGUGGAGGGCGACAUCAGCUGUUGCCACCAACACUGACCGCCGUCCACACCCAGGUGCUGUGAGAGGAGACACAGCGGGCCAUGGGAGGGCCUGACUCACAUCUGCUCCUCCUCUUGGCGGACCACAGGCGGGUGGACGCAGAGAGCUCCAUCUGGAUAUCGUCCUGUGUCUGGGGACACAGCUGCUGUGCCCGGAGGCCGGGGCUGGGGCGACAUGGCCACAGGCUGGGGGCCGCACACUCGCCAUGCCACUGCCUUGACCCUAGCACACCCUGCUUUUGCAGGGCUGUGGAUGGAGUCAGGGCCUUCUCUCUGGCCAGGGUCUCGCAAAGUGUCAUAGAAGAGUCCGCUCUAAUCUGUCCCUGUACCCUGGACAGUCCCCGGCAAAGCCACCUGGAACUUGGCUGCCUUUUCUGUCCCCCACCCGUCCAGUGGUAGAUUAGGGAACGGAGCAAUUUAUAUUCCCAGUGUUAAAACUCCAGGCUUAGCCCACAAGUGUCUUCUCUUUCUCCUGGAGGGGGAGGCCUCUUUUGCCUCCUGCCCUGAAAAUGCCAUCACACUUUGGGUCCCUUAGUGGGUCCCCUUUGCUCAGAAGAGCAGGCUGCUGUUGCCACCGAGGGCCUGGCCCUUCCCUGGGCGGCACUGGCCCGGCCAUGACCUUCCUUUCCUUGUUUUCUUUCUGAGUUUUCAGAGCGCGUUUGUUGUCUUUUUUUUUUUUUGAGUCAGGGUCUCAGGUAGCCCAGGCUGGCCAUUUGAACUUACUAUGUAAUCUAGGCUGGUCUCAUUUGAACUCCUGAUCCUCCUGCCUCAGCUUCCUAAGUGCCGGGAGGACAAGUGUUUGUCACCACAGAGGGCCCGCCGGGGACCGGAACCUGACAGUAGCGGAACCAUCACCCAGCAUCUGUGGGUUUUCUCUACUCGAGACAGAUGGCCUCUAGUGUCCUCUUCAGGACCUGGGACCAGAGGCUGCGUCGUUGCCCAGGCCUGUCCCUGCAUUUGUACCAGCCACAGGGACAUCGGGUGAACUGUUUGGAAGUGUGCUUGGGACGCAAGCCAGGCCUUGUCCAGGACUUUGAACUUCCAGGCCUGGAGGAGGGGCUGGAUGUGACAUGUGGCCUGGACCCCAUCCAAGACAAAGCUCAGUUCCUGCCGCCAAAAGCCACGCACAUUUUGGAUGCCACCCUCUGUUUUGUGGAGGAAUAGAGUGGGACCUCACUGUCCCCAAGUGUGAAAUCUGGAUUCUCGGAUGACUUUUCACCCCUGGACCUUUUCAUUGUUGUUUGAGAUGGGGUCUCAUGUAGCCCAGGCUGGCCCCCCAGUCACGAUGUAGCUGAGGCUGACCCUCCUGCCUCAGCCUGCCCAGUGCUGGGCCACAUCUGUGGGUGUGGCUGCCAGGUUUAAAUUAUCAGGGCUCUGUCCCCCGCCUGUGCUAGCGCUCUCCUCCAGGGCGAGCACAAGUCAUGGCUGCAUGUGGGGACUCAGGAGCAAGGGAUCCCUCAAGACACUUUGGGACAUCGUCGUGUAGACCAGGCUGGCCUUGCCCUUCUGAUCCUCCUGCCUCAGCUUCCCCCAGAGAUGACAGGGGCACCACUGCCCCUGUUUUCUGAUCCCGGUGACUUUGUUUGGGUUUUGUAUUUUGAGGCAGGGUUUCUCUACCUGAACUCUGUAGCUCAGGCUGGCCAUCCAACUCGUGGCAAUCCUCCUGCCUCAGAUGUACCCAGCUCCUGGCAAGUCUUCAGGUGGGCUCCAGGCUGCACUCCACUCUCAAAUUCCUCAAAGUUUCGGGCAGGACCCUGGAGGAGGGGAGGGGCAGGAGGGGUGGGGAAGAUGUGGCCCUGCACCCCAAAUCCAUGUCUCCAUCCUUCAUCUCACCUGUGCCAAGAGCACCAGGCACUUCAGCUCAGAGACAGGACCGCCCCCAGUCACCCCGCGGGUGUGCGUGUCCUUUUCUAGUCCCCACUGUUGAGCUGAGGGGUGCCCUGGGACAUGGGGCUGGGCUCAUACUUAUUUAGGCAUCCGUUAAGCAGCCCCUGCCCUGACCAGAAAACUUGAUUUUUUUUCUCCUUGUUUCUUGGAGGUGGGGCUCAGGGAGUCUGUGGUUGCCUGGUGUAGGUCUAGCCUGGCCGCAUUUGACUCUUGAGGAGCAGGUCACCCCCAACCCUGCUGUUCCUCGCUCCCGUUCUCACCUUAGGAGAAGAGGGCAGGAUGAACGGGAUUGCUGGGAGCAGGACAAUCCCAUAGAUGGCCGGAGGCCGGAGGUGGGCAGGGCCUGCAUCCUACAGAUGCCAUGGCAAAGAAAGCCAGGCUGGGCCCAGUGGUGGAGGAAGAGAGGUAAUGUUGUGAUAGAGUUGAAGCCAGGGGCACGAGCAGGGGCAGUGGUGGCGGUGUCUGGGCUCGCAGCCUGCACGAGAAAGUCUGAUUUAUGCUGUCAGCUUGGACAUUGGUAAUGUAGUUUCUGGAUCAGUAUGCUGUGCCCAGGGCCUGCUCCAGUGUCCCCAAGCCCACAUGGAGAGGCAGGCCGCAGGGAGCUGAGGCUGGCCCACCAUAAUAGGACCCAGAUCUUUUGGAUUUUUUUUUUUUUUUUAAAGACAGGGUCUUCCGUAGCCCAGGCUGGCUUCACACUCACUACAUGGCUGAGGAAGACCUUGAACUUCCCCUGGCUCCAUGUCCCAAGGAUGACAGGUAUAAGUCACCACGACUCAUUUGGAGGCAGAUUUUUUUUUUUUCUGGUUUUUCGAGACAAGGUUUCUCUGUGUAGCCCUGGCUGUCUUGGAACUCACUCUGUAGACCAGGCUGGCCUCGAACUCACAGAGAUCUGCCUGGCUGGAGGCAGAUCUUUGAAGUUAUAUUGAUAGUGUCAGCUAAAGCUGGGAAUCUCAUGGUCUACUCUGCUCAGGGCUGGCAUGGAAGCCUCCAGAAAACAGUGGGCCCCUGGGCCGAGGGAAGCUGGAAAGCAGACUCAGGGACUCAGGUUGCUUUUGUGCGCAGCUUGGGCUGGGAGCCAGGCCAGCUGCUCUGUACACAGGCUGCUUGUGCCUUCGGCCCGCGGGUGACCUCGCAGUGGGCAAGGGCAGUGCCUCCGCCCCGCCCUGCCCCUCCUCCGCCCUGCCCCUUCCCCCCACCCACUGUCUAGACAGCUCACCUUUGACCUCCCUACCUCUUGGAGAGUCUGAGCCCAGAAGUCCCCUCUGGGUAUGAAAAGACAAAGGCUGAUUCUUCAGUCUCAGCCAAAGAGAGCAGUCCCCGUGGGGUCCCUGUGGGGUGCUGACGGCUUCCCUCCGCAUCCACAGGCUGGGGAGCAGGAAGAGGGGGCGUUAUGUCAGGUGAAAUGACCCCACAGUGUCGGCUGGGGGUGGGUAGGUGUCUCGUGUUUUUAUGCAUUAGUGGGGCGUGAACCAAACUCAGUGUUCGGGUUUGAAAAACCAAAUCCCGAGUGGCAGCUGCACACACCUGUCUGUCGGUGGCGGCUGCUCACACCUGUCUGUCGAGGCAGCCGCUCCUGAUUUCAGGAGUAAUGGGGACAAGCUCAGUGUCGGGAUCUCCAGGCUGUAAGGGUCUCAUCAUCCAGGCCCUGGAGGUGGAGGCAGGAGAACCGGGGUUCAAGGCCAGCUCCUCCUACAUAGUCAGAGGCCCAACUGGGCUACAUGAGAUUCUGUCUUAACAAACCAUCAAGUAGAGAGUAAGAGGGGCAGGCAGGAUGGCUCAGUGGGUAAAGUCAGUUCCCACCAAACCUAAAAGCUUUGAUUUGAUCCCCGAGCACCACAAGGUGGAAGAGAAAUGCCUCCCCAAAGCUGUCCUCUGCUCCACACAUGCCACGGCACACGUGCGCACUCAGAGACCCACAAAAUAAAAUGUGGGGGGUUUGGUUGCUUUUAAAGAGUAAGAACCGGAACCUGGCACCUCUCUAUUGCAACUCCAGCACUCAAGGCUGAGGCAGGAGGAUGGCCUUGAGUUUGAGUCUAGCCUGGAAUACAGAAACCCCUGUCUGAAAAACGAACAAAAAGCAAAAGAGAAGCCAGGCGGUGGUGGCGCACGCCUUUAAUCCCAGCACCCGGGAGGCAGAGCCAGGCGGAUCUCUGUGAGUUCAAGGCCAGCCUGGGCUACCAAGUGAGUUCCAGGAAAGGCGCAAAGCUACACAGAGAAACCCUGUCUCGAAAAACCAAAAAAAAAAAAAAAAAAAAAGCAAAAGAGAGGAUUAUGGGACCGGAAAGAUGGCUCGGCCUUUGGCACUGGCUGCUCUUGCAGAGGACCUGUGUUCAGUCCCCUGCAGCCGUACCAGGUGGGCUCACAAGGGCCAUGACUCCUGCUCCAGGGGAUGUAGCGCCUCCUCCUGGCUCCCCGGACACGGAACUCUCACAGACACAGAAUUAAAAUAAACUUGAAAAAUAACGGGAGGCGGGAGACCCUGCACGGCCUCCUGAACGCUGCUCCCUCCACUGCGCUGCCGGGGGAGGCGCCCAGCUGGGCGUGGAGCGUACCGGGGCCCUGCACUGGGGCCUGGCUCACUGUGGCCAGGUUCCCCGUCACACUGGGGCUCAGGGCUUCACAUCCCAGUCUUGUUUGGGGGACUCUCACACAGCGUUUUUCUUUUAAGAGGUUUAACUAAUGUUGGGUGGUGUGAGGCUCCUCAUGCCCAAGGCUUGGGGUGGCCCAGCCCAGGGAGGCCACAGCCACACCUUGUGAAAGUGCUUCCCUUUGGCCUGCCUGGGGGCCUCGGUAGCUGUCCUGUUUUCUUAUCCCAUGGAGGGGGCUGUCCUGCCCUCCCGAGCCUCCUCCAGCCCAGUGUGCCUUCUCUUUGACCCCAGGGCUCCUGCUGAGUCCCCAACCUGGUGUCUGGGAGCCCAGAAUGACCUGCCAGGCUGCGCGCUGGGAGACCUCACACUUUUUACCCAGAAACCAAUAAAGCUGUUGAAACAUGU